CCUGGGAAAUGGUGAAAAAUUAAUUGGCAUUUUGCACAUACAUUUAAAAAGAAACUUUCACCUAAGGUAGGAAAGGAUAUUUUAGAUUUUUAGAUAAAUAAAGAAAAAAAACACACAAUGCAGGAAAUUUUCAACUUGGAUGAACUGGAAGCAUUUCUUGAAGAAUGCGGAGAUAAAAUUGUCGUCAUAGAUUUCUGGGCAGGUUGGUGCGGGCCAUGUAAACUUAUUGGUCCUGUUUUUGAGAGAUUGGCCAAAGACCAGUCGGUUUCAGACAAACUCGUUUUUGUCAAAGUUGACGUAGAUGAAGCUACGGACAUCGCACAGUGGAUUGGAAUAGAAUGUAUGCCGAUGUUUGUAUUCUACCAAAAUGGGGAAAAGAUUGAUGAAUUUGCUGGAGCUAAUGGACAACUUUUAGAGAAGAAGAUAAGAGAGUAUGCACAAAUGUCUUAGAAAAAAUAAACAUUUUAUAUACUCACGUAUUUUGCCAGUGAUAAUAUAUUGUGGCUUUAUAUCGGAGCUCAUUGAAAGAAAAGCUUACUAACACUGUUUAAAUUUGUAUUUAACUUGGAUAUGCAACAACACAAAAUGAAUUAUAAUAAUAACAUGUCAAUUAACUUACAUAACGUAUAU